AUCAGUAUUCUACACAAGGAUUUGACAGAAUGCCGCAGUGUUUGGCUUAUGGCUGUCAGACCAGAAGAGGGCGCAUGCCCGAAGGGAUGUCCUUCCACCGAUUUCCGCGGGAUGCACAACUAUGCACAAAGUGGGUCCGUAGAUGUGGAACAGAUGUUGGUGACAUUAUCAAAUUUGUUAAGGCUGAGAUAAUCAGCAAUCCCCCAAAGCAUUACCUGUGUUCUCGUCAUUUUACGGAAGAUAUGUUCGAGUUAGACUUCCGCUAUGAAUUGAUGCCAGAUUCCAUGAAACCACGUAGACCUCGUCGUAUAUUGAAGGCCAAUGCACUACCAACGAUGUUUGACUUUGCCCAAAAACACAUUAGGAAUAGUUCGGUGCAACGUAUUGAUCGGAAUAUGCGAAGAAAGCUUCUGGAGGACCUGCUGUCAGAACCACAGCCCAUACAAGAGCAUUUGGAUGAUACAGCUGGAAGCAGUAAUAUGCAGCAGCCUGCAUCAGUAUUGGAGCAUGAUCGCUGUGAGGGAAUGCAGAUGGACGUUACUGAGCAGAAUCGGAGUGUUUACAUGGAGUCGGGCAUACAUCCUACUUAUGUGGAGAUGGAACUUGGAACAGUGUGCUCAGAGGUCGUUGUGGACAACAGUGAGGUAAUGAUUAGUGGAUUGAGAAAAACAGGUAAGUUGAAGAAUAAGUCCUGUCAGACCCAAAAUAUGCUGGCUGCAGUAAGUAUAGGAAUACAGGCCAAUAUGCAAGAAAGUAGUAGUAACAAAUCAGAAGCUAAGUUGAUCCAAAGCCAUAAUGUUGCAGUUCAAUUUCCAGAAAUAGUCGUGCCAACAUUUGUAGAUCACAAUUACAGUAAGGUGUCAAAAUGCAUACAGAAGAGAAAUGCUUUGAAGCAAAGCACAGAAGAGGACGUAUGUCAUACUAAUGUAGAGAGUGGGAGUAACCAUCAUUCAGUGGUACAGUCUUGCACUGAAGUAGUGCAGGUCCAAGAAGAAAAUGAGGGCAGCAUGUGUAGUGACAACAGUAGUGAGGACUGUAUGUCUGAAGUAAGUACAUCAAAUAUGGGUAAUGAGAAUCUGGAAGACCCAGACUGGGGAGAAUCCUCUAUAAGCAUGUCUCAGUCUGAGGCGGAUGAUUCUUUCCAGGAAUUGUCAGUGGAGGAAGACAUUGUUGGACAAAAAAAAUUCAUUGUUUUCGAGGCAUGCCUCGAUAACUUGUUGAUGAAACUUAUAUGUCCAGUGUGCAGGGCAGCAGCUUGUGAAAUUGAGAAGAAGACCAUACUUGGAACUUUUGUUUGUGUUAAAGUGUCCUGCUUUAAUGGACAUGAAAUUCUAAGCUGGGAAAGCCAACCACUACUUGGUCGAAUGCCAGCAGGCAACCUAAUGAGUGCUGCCGCAGUACUGUUUAGCGGUACUACUUACGCACACAUAUCAAGGUUUUGUGCCUACAUAGGUGUAGAAUUCAUAGGAAAGACGACAUACUACGACAUACAGAGCCAAUAUCUUUUCCCAGUUGUGCAAUUCCAUUGGCAUGAGCAGCAGAAGGAGCUGUUGAAGGAUGCUGAAGGGAGAAUGAUAAGGUUAGGUGGUGAUGGACGCUGUGACAGUCCAGGAUUUUCUGCUAAGUACUGCACCUACACUAUGAUGGAUUUAGACACAGGAUACAUACUGGAUUUUGCUGUGGAGCAGGUCAGUGAAGGGGUGGCAUCAGUGGGACUUGAGAAGAUAGGUUUUGAGAGGUGCAUGAGAAAUUUAAUUAGUAAAGGUAUGAGUAUUGGAGUAGUAGCAACAGAUAGGCAUCGGGGUAUAGCAUUACUAAUGCGUACUCAAUUCACUGACAUAGAUCAUCAGUUUGACAUUUGGCACAUGUGCAAAAGCAUUCGAAAAAAAUAAUGCUGGCUGCCAAACAGAAAGGACAAGAGGAUUUACUGCCAUGGUGCCGCAGUAUUUGUAAUCACUUGUGGUGGUGUACAGCAACAUGUGAGGGUGAUCCAGUAUUACUUAUGGAGAAGUGGUUGUCCCUGUCAUAUCAUGUGACUGACCAACACAGCUGGGGGGGUGCAACCAAAUAUGUGAAAUGUCCACAUGAAGUACCAGUACCUCGUGGGACUGAUAAGAAAUGGUUAGAGGAAGGAGGGGAGUGCCACAGUGCACUUCACAAGAUAGUAAGUAACACACUGUUUAUAAAAGAUCUGCAGCAGACGACAAAGUUCUGUCAUACUGGCAAUCUGGAGGUAUUCCAUGCAUUGCUGUGUCGUUACUGUCCAAAGUUAGAACACUUUAGCUAUGGAGGCAUGAAAGCAAGAACAAUGUUAGCGGUCUUGGACCACAAUGCAAAUCAAAAUAGGGAGCAUUCAGUGAUUAGAUGCCCCUCUAGUCGCUCCGGGCCAGUUGGUGAAAAGAGAUACAGAAUAGUGUAUCCCAAGGCCAAGCAGGAGUGGAUAGCAAAGCCUAUAUUUGAUGGUAGGAAGUAUGAUUACAUCUAUGACCUCAUGAUGAACGUAGUGUCUGCCAAGACAGGUAGUCUAAGUGUGGAUCCAAUGCAAGUACCAGAGCUUCCAAGAAACAUAGCUAGAUGUGAGCGGCCAGAGAAAAAUACUGUGAUUGCACGGUUACAGUCCCGCUUCCACAGUAAGUCCUAAGGUGGACGUGAAAAAGUGUAGAGUUAUGAGAAUGUGAUAACUAACUGAGUCCAGGGUACAAUAAGGAUAAGCUGCUUGUCAUGUGCGUAUGUGAAAAGAGCCAAAUUAUAGCAAGUGCCAUUGCUACAUAUUAAAGACCAAACAGUGUCAGACAGUCUGCGAGACUUUGACAGCAGCGGCCGAUCUGACUACUGUCACUUAGUACAGAAAAAAAUACUGGUAGAAGCGUCAGUAUUGAAAAUGUGAGAAAUGUUAGAGUGCGUCAAGCUUCAUAUUUCGGUAAUAUAUGAGACAGUCAUGGUAAGGCAGUUACAGAAGUAGAUGUGAACUCGUUAAUGAUUGUUAAAUGUACCUGUUGGAUGAGAGGGUAGAUUCAAUUUGUGUCACUUGCACUGUAUCAGCUGAAGUAAGUGUAGGUUUUCAUCCACUUUUACCCAUAUUUACAGUAGAAGGCUUGUAUAUCUUUGAACCUGGGUGGUAUGUGUGAGUAAAAUAGGGAAAGGCCUUAGAUAAUGAUAUGGAACUGUUAUAUUUCUGUUGACAUGUCAGUGUAUAGUAGCUGAAAAUUAGUUCUCUGAGCGGGUAUUAAUGUAUACAGAGCAACAGCUGAUCCAUGUAAAGUGUGUAUGGAUAAAUGGUAUAAUUUUUAACAACUGUUCUCUCUCGUCUAUGAGUCCUGGUGAUUGAGAAUAGGUGAUCGGAAAGUUGGGUGAUCCAUUUUGCGGUAAUGAGAUCUUUUCUGUCAUGAACAUUGCUGGAGAGAACCGUCCAACUUACGAUUGGUUUGACAUGGAUGCCAGAAUUACCAAGCUGACAGUAAAGGCGAUGUGAAUGUGGAGAGCUCAACUGAAGAAAUAUAACCUGAACAAAGUGAAAGUAUCGGCAGAGUCCUCAUGGUAAAUAUUGCACAAAGGAAAUAUUACAGCCAAGGUAAGUGUGAUUUAGUUAAUAAUUAUAGCCCGCGAA